AUGGCGCCGCUUGGAACAUCAACUAUCGCUUGGCUCCGUGAGCGACGCCCCUUCAAGUCGCCGCCCCCGCCCAUGCCUUGUCUGCCAGCUGAACGCCCUCGUCCUCUUGCCCCAUCGUCACAAUCCCGGACGGGAGCUAAUAAGAGCCCCCUGUUCAGCCGGCUGCCUUACGAUGUCCUCCAGGCCAUACUCCGCUCAGCAUUUGCGGACUAUGUGCUGCAUAUUGAGCUCGAUUACGACCAUCCCAUGAUGCCGUUGAAGAAUCCGGCCAACAGGCAUGGAGCUCGCAACGGCGGCCGGUACUGGCAGCAGUCAGAAAAACCUCCACAUACACAAUCGGAUCAUUAUGUUCGUGUGGAAAAGUGGAGGUCCAAGAGGUGGCAGUGGUGGAGUUGCGUCUGUCACCGAAGCCACACCCCAUUUGCUUCCAUCAGAGGCACUCACUGGGCAGGAUGGAUGUCAGGGGAUGAUGCUUGGUAUGAUGCGUGCAAGUUUGGUGUCUGUGAUUAUUGCGAAAUUAUCCCUGGUGUCUGCCCGCAGAAAUGUCACAUUGGGAUUAUGGGUUGGCUACUAUCUUGCCAUCAGGCUUACUGUUUGGGCAUCAAAGUAUUGUACUCCAUGAAUACUUUCCAUUUGUCCAACCCAGAGCUUAUUCUCAACCUAUCUAAACUGCUGCUGCCAUCACGACUCGCUGCAAUUACCAGCUUGGAAAUGUUGUGGAAAAUCCACCCCUUUAGGGAGGAGAAUGACCACGACCCGCCUUACUCGGACUAUGAGACGUUUCUAACUUUGGCUCAGAAAAUCCCCAUCAUUUUUAAAGGUCUCCGAAAUCUGUAUCUCUCACUUCAGGGAGACCUCUACAUGGGUAAUACUAUUGACUACGAAGGAGAUUCCAAACAAAAAUUUGAUCUUGUCGAAGAUCGCUUGAUGAGACCUUUGGAGGCCAUGAUACGGAAGCUGAGUUGUAUUGAGAUCUGUGUCAUCGCGCUGCCUUCUUCAUGCUACGGGCCUGAGAAGUGUUUUGCCAUGGAGAGCGGCUCCCUCAUUUUUGAAAGGAGGUCUAUCGACGGGCAGCAAGAAAGGAGAAGAGAAGAACUUUGGAGGGAACUAGGCGAAUGCUCGUCUUCUGGAUUCCACGGCUAUUGGAUUCAGCUAGGCCACCGUGACCUUCGCAUCCCGGAAAUGGGAUGUGGGAUUGGCAGCGCACCUGUGCCCAAGGAUCACCCGCUCAACGUCCUCUAUGAACUUCAUCGCUCACCUUGGUAG